AUGCACGCGUUGUUUGGUGAACAGAGCCCGUAUGCGUACCGCGGAGGAGCCGCCGGUGGUUACUCAGCCGGAGUGACACCUUAUGCCUAUGAACAAUACCGCUAUGGAUAUGGAGCUCCCUACCUUCACCCCCAUCAACAACACGUUGGUGCCCCUAAAGACAUGGUCAAGCCGCCUUACUCUUACAUAGCACUCAUAGCUAUGGCCAUACAAAACGCUCCUGAACGACGAAUAACUCUCAACGGUAUUUACCAAUUUAUUAUGGAAAGAUUUCCUUAUUACAGAGAAAACAAACAAGGCUGGCAAAACUCCAUAAGACACAACCUAAGCCUCAAUGAGUGCUUUGUGAAAGUGGCAAGAGAUGAUAAAAAACCUGGUAAAGGCAGUUACUGGACUCUUGAUCCUGAUUCAUAUAAUAUGUUUGAUAAUGGCUCGUACUUACGCCGUCGGCGUCGCUUUAAAAAGAAAGACGCGCUUAGAGAAAAGGAAGAAGCUUUAAAGAGACAACAGCAGCUGCAACAAGCUCAGGAGGCACUCACUGCGCAGGAGGCGCUGACUGCAUCCGACACUCUAGGACAACAACGUGACGUUAAACCUGAUGUCAAACCACGAAUCUUUGAAUGUCGACCGAAACGAGAACCCGGCGCAGACUGUGCAAGAUAUGACAAACCUGUGGACGGUCUUGAUGACUUCAGUGAACCUCGACUUCCAGCUUCCGCAGUUUAUUGUUCACCUCAACCGUACUCGUUGGUGGCCGAGGAAUUUCGAGCCGCUACAUCAGGGUGGUAUGCCGCGCCCGAACCUCCGGCGGAACAACUGCCUCCGGCGUUCCGCGACCUCUUUGAACCGCCAAGCUGCCAACUAGCCGGGUUCCGCAGUGGUUCACCCGUACCAGACGCGUACCGUGCGUCGCCACCGCCACAUCACCAUUAUCGCACACCGGCACCUUCAUACUAUCAUCACCAAGCCUGUGUUGCCGCAGGUCCCGCGCCAGCCCAUAAGUCCUACUGA